UUUCACUAUAUCCGCCACCUAAAAAUCCAUCUAGGAAGCAUAUCAAUCAGUCACUUCCUAAGGAAUAUUAGUAUUUAGUACAGAAAUGGCUUCUUCUAAGGCAGUUGCAACCAUUGCUCUUCUCAUCUCCCUUAACAUAGUGUUUUUCACUACAGUCAGUGCACACCAUCAUGCUUCUAAAUGUCCACCACCACCACCCCCCAAAACCCCUAAAUGUCCUCCUGCUGCAAGCCCCCAAAAACCUCCAGCUAAAGCUUCUUGCCCUAAGGACACCCUUAAGCUAGGGGUAUGUGCCGACUUGUUAAAUGACUUGGUGACCAUUGUUGUGGGGACCCCACCAAAGACCCCAUGCUGUAGCCUCAUUGGUGGACUUGCCGAUCUUGAAGCUGCUGUGUGCCUUUGCACUGCAAUUAAGGCCAACGUUUUGGGCAUCAAUCUUGACGUGCCAGUCUCCUUGAGCUUGCUUUUGAAUUACUGUGGCAAGUCUGUCCCGGAAGGCUUCCAAUGCUCUUAGAGACAUGCACGAUGAUCUUCUCAUCUGCAUACUACGUAAGUACCUGCCCUUAAACAGCUUUGUGUGAAUAAAAUAACAAAGGGCACUAGUCUUUGGCUGUAUUAAUACAUUGUGCAUGUUUCCUUCAAAGCGUAAUUGAUAUGUAGAGUGUUCCCUCCAAGGAGCAUUUUCUUGUGUUUAUUGUUUUUCCCUUUGGAUUGUGAACUUAUUAUCUUUUCAGUCCUUGA